AUCUCUCCCCAGAGCCUGCAGUACUUCCACGUCCGUAUCAGUAGAAAAAACUCUUGGAGAAUCAUGAAGAUUUUAUUUCAAUACCAGACAUUCAGAUUCCUCUGGCUUGCCAAGCCACCUGGCCGGCAUUUUCACAAAGAUUACCAGCAUUGGGCACCUCUGACUCUUGAUGACUUCGAAGCCAUAAAUCGCUGUGAGAGGACAUUGCCUAAGAAUUUUAACUUUGCUGGAGAUGUGCUGGACCAGUGGUCCCAAAAGGAGAAGACAGGUGAGAGACCCGCCAGCCCAGCCCUGUGGUGGGUAAACGGCAAAGGGGAUGAAGUGAAAUGGAGCUUUGGAGAACUGAGCUCCUUGUCCCGAAAGGCUGCCAAUGUGCUCACCAAGCCCUGCGGCCUGCAGAGAGGAGAUCGAGUGGCUGUGAUUCUGCCCCGGAUCCCAGAAUGGUGGCUCUUAAAUGUGGCUUGUAUGCGAACAGGACUUGUCUUCAUGCCGGGAACUACUCAGCUGACGGCAAAAGACAUUCUCUACCGACUGCGAGCAUCCAAGGCCAAGUGCAUUGUGGCCAGUGAGGAGGUGGCCCCAGCGGUGGAGUCCAUUGCGCCAGACUGCCCCAACUUGAUGACCAAACUCCUGGUGUCUCUGCAUAGCCGGAAAGGGUGGCUCAGUUUCCAGGAGUUAUUUCAAUCUGCCUCGGAAGAGCACAGCUGUGUGAAAACAGGAAGUCAAGAGCCAAUGGCUAUUUAUUUCACCAGUGGGACCACAGGCUCUCCCAAGAUGGCCCAGCACUCUCACAGCAGCCUCGGCAUUGGGUACACCCUCUGUGGGAGGUAUUGGGCAGACUUGAAGUCCUCAGAUAUCAUAUGGAACAUGUCCGACACGGGCUGGAUCAAGGCUGCCAUUGGCAGUGUGUUUUUUUCCUGGAUUCGGGGAGCCUGCGUUUUUGUGCAUCAGAUGGCCCAGUUCGACACAGACACCUUCCUAGAUACGCUGACCACUUACCCCAUCACGACCCUGUGCAGCGCUCCCACCGUGUACCGAAUGCUUGUGCAAAAAGACCUCAAGAGAUAUAAAUUCAAGAAGCUGCGGCACUGUUUGACAGGAGGGGAGCCACUCAACCCUGAGGUGCUGGAGCAGUGGAAGGCGCAAACUGGGCUGGAGCUGUACGAGGGCUAUGGACAGACGGAAGUGGGCAUCAUUUGUGCCAAUCAGAAAGGACAAGAAAUUAAACCGGGCUCGAUGGGGAAAGGCAUACUACCCUACGAUGUCCAGAUUAUAGAUGAAAAUGGCAGUAUCCUACCACCUGGCAAGGAAGGGGAAAUUGCCCUCAGACUAAAGUCUACACGGCCCUUCUGUUUCUUCUCUGAAUAUGUGGACGAACCAGAGAAAACAGCCGCCACGAUGAGAGGAAAUUUUUACGUCACUGGAGACAGAGGAGUGAUGGACAGCGAUGGGUAUUUCUGGUUUGUUGGCAGAGCUGAUGACGUCAUCAUAUCCUCUGGGUACCGCAUUGGGCCAUUUGAAGUGGAGAGCGCACUAAUUGAGCACCCAGCAGUUAUUGAAUCGGCUGUUGUCAGUAGUCCAGAUCCAACCAGAGGAGAGGUGGUGAAAGCUUUUGUUGUCCUAUCUGCACCCUUUAAAUCAUCCAACCCAGAGAAAUUAACUCUUGAACUUCAGGAUCAUGUGAAAAAAUCAACUGCACCUUACAAAUACCCAAGAAAGGUGGAAUUUGUUCAAGAGCUCCCAAAGACUAUCACUGGAAAAAUCAAACGAAAUGCUUUAAGAGACCAAGAAUGGGGACGAAAAUAACUUGAUAAGAAAACCGAGGCAUUAAGCACUUACAUAGGUACUUUCUCUUAGUCUUUGCUUUCUCAUAACUCAUUGACCACUUAAAAUGAGCCCUGGUGAUGCAGUGGUUAAAGCACUUGCCUACUAACCAAAAGGUCAGUGGUUCGAACCCACCAGCAGCUCCACGGUAGAAAGAUGUGGCAGUCUGCUUCCGUAAAGAUUACAGGCUUGGAAACCCUACGGAGCAGGU